CUCCAAUUAACUAUGGCUGUUGUAACAUACACACGAGAAGCUGCUGCGGAAAUCACCCCUGCGGCGCAGAAAAAGGCGCCUGCAACUAGCCACUCCCCGGAAGAGCUAGAAGCUUUCCUCAACUCCACGCAGAAGGAAAAGGAGGAGCGCAAACUGGCUCGUGCAGACGCACACAAGCUGGCGACACUGGCCGCCAGAGAUGGGAAGCUCAUGGAGCUUCAGAGAGAAGAAUCCGUCGGAGAGAGUGGGAAGCGUGCUAUCGGCUACCAGAUCAUGAAAAAUAAGGGUCUCACGGCAAAGAGAAAGAAGGACAACAGAAAUGCCAGAGUUAAAAAGAGAAAGAAGUACGAUAUCGCAAAGAAGAAACUGAAGUCUGUGAGAGCAGUCUACACAGGACAGCAAGGCCCUUAUGUCGGUGAGCUGACAGGUAUCAGUAAAAAGAUCUCUCGUUCGGUGAAGCUGAACUGAUUGAUCCAAAGUUCUGCUGAAAUUUCUUUGCUAAGCUAUAUAACAUAUAAAUACAAAUUCGAUCAAUCAAUUUAUCACCGUAAAACUCGCAGUACUUCCUCUCGAAGUUUUGCCGUAUCUGUUUCUUCCCAUUCCUGGAAACUCAACUCCAAAAAGCGCUUCAUACGUUCUUCACUAUCUCGUAUUAUGCACAACUCUUCCUCACCAAGUUGUGAGAACUCACUCAGAUG